AUGGGACUGCUGCGUGUUGAAGAGCUGGUCACUGGGAAGAGAGGGGAGGGCAAGUGGGCGGGAGAUGCCUGUACAGAGCUGUUUGCUUCAGGAGAAUAUGAGACCACCAUAAUUCAGGAGAAGCAGGAUGGCCACCAGGAGCUGAAUGCUACCACCAAGAAUGACAUCAAACAGAAUGAACACAACAUCAAACUCAAUGUUGACCAGUCAGGGCAGCUAAAACUAGAAACUGUUGAAGACCUCUUCAACAUUCUGGAGCUGAGGAAGAGAAGAAAGGAAAGGAAGAUUGCAGAACCAAAGAAAAAGCCAGAACCUGACAUCCUGCCUGAGACAGUGGACCAGCGUUUGUUUCUAAAGGCUGUCACAGAGAAUAAACUGGCUGUGGUUGAGAAAUAUUUGUCAGAUGGUGGAGACCCCAAUGCCUGUGAUCAUUUUAAGCGCUCCGCUCUGCAUAAAGCCCGUGCACAAGGUCACACAGAGAUUAUGAAAAAGCUCCUGGAGUGUGGAGCAUCCAUGGAGCACAAAGACAAGCUAAAUGCCACAGCUGUGCACUGGGCUUGCAGAGGUGGAAGCCUGCCUGCACUGGAGCUGCUACUUAAUGAAGGAGCCAAUUUCAACUCCAGAGACAAGCUAAGUAGCACUCCCCUUCAUGUUGCAGUUCGGACAGGACAUUACGAGUGUUCCGAGCAUCUCAUUCACUGCGGAGCUGAUGUAAAUGCUAAAGAUAGGGAUGGAGACACACCCAUGCACGAUGCAGUGAGGAUCAAUAGAUUUAAAAUUAUAAGACUGUUGAUGAUCUAUGGAGCCAGUCUUGAUGCCAAAAACAAUGAUGGAAAGACACCAAUAGAGACUCUGCUUUCAUGGCAAAAAGGAGUGAAAAAUAUCCUGAAUGAGGAGGCAGCACCAUAACUUUUUAUCAUCCUUCCUGCUGAACAAGUGUCAUAAAAAGUUCCUUCCUUCCUUCCUUCCUUCUUUCCUUCCUGUUAAAAUGUAAAGACUGAGCAGUGCUUUGCAAUUUACAUUAUGGCAGAUAAUGGCAAUGAUGAUGCUAAUUGCUGGCAAUAGAGUGUCUGUUACACUGAUAUGUGUAAAUAUUACUUUCCCUGUUAUUAAGAUCAUGAGAGAAUGGAAUCCUCAGCGAGUGGCACAAAAACAUGUGCCAACAUUGGUUGUGUGUUGGAUCAGUGUAUUUAUUUAACAUUAAUUUGAUUGAAUUUAUAACUUAAGUGAAUGCAUUUGAAUGUCCAUGGCUGUGUUUGAUCUACUGAGAGGCUUUGUGCUGCAAAUGUCUAGACAGAUCAGAUACCGAACUAUUAAUGUACAGAACAGAAAUGGAACAGAAUGUGAAUGCAGGUCUGAGAAUGUUUGAGAAGUUUACUAUGACAAAUAUUAUUAUUGUAAUUGUUUUGUAUUUAUGGACUUAAAUUGAGAAACACUCUGGAAUCCCUUACUGAAUGUGCAUUGGUAAAAUGCUUUAAGACAAACUGUGUUUUGUACUUUUUUGCU